AUGGCAGACGAGAGAAACCCGGUCCUCUACGAGCCGUCUCCUGAGGGCAUAACCACCAUCACCAUCAACCGUCCCCAUGUCCGCAAUGCGGUGAACCGUGCGGCGGCCGCUGGGUUGGCCCAGGCAUUCCGGGCGUUUGAAAAUGACUCGUCACAGAGGGUGUGCAUCCUGACCGGCGCAGGGGACUCGUUCUGCGCCGGGUACGACUUACACGAGGUGGCCAAGGGGCAGCACGCCUCUCCUGCAGCCCAGCCGGUCGACCGCGUCAACGGCGCCAUGGGGCCCAUGGGACCGUCCCGCAUGGCGCUCACCAAGCCCGUCAUCGCGGCUGUCUCGGGAUAUGCCGUGGCAGGAGGGCUCGAGCUGUCUCUGCUGGCGGACAUGCGCGUGGCCGACGACACGGCCGUGUUUGGUGUGUUUUGCCGUCGCUUUGGCGUCCCACUGAUUGAUGGGGGUACAGUACGUCUUCAGAAGGUUGUGGGACUGGGAAGGGCCAUGGACAUGAUCCUGACGGGGCGGCCGGUCUGCGCGGACGAGGCGUUGGCCUUUGGCCUGGUGAAUAGGGUGGUGGCGGGCAAGGGGGAGGCCGUCCGGGAGGCGAGGAGGCUGGCUGGUGUCUUGCUGGGGUUUCCCGAGAAGUGUAUGCGGGCCGAUUUGGUUUCGGCGCAAUACGCUGCGUAUGAUGCCAAGGGGCUAGAGGAUGCCUUAAGGUUCGAGUUUGAACGGGGCGAAAAGGUCAUUCUGCACGAGAGCGUGGCUGGGGCCAAGAGGUUUGACGGCGGAGCCGGCAGGGGUGGCAAGUUUGAUAAUGAUGGUCGUGGUCGUGGUGCCAAGGGCAGAAAAGGGAGCAGGCUGUGA